AUGAAGAUUGUAUUGUCGCAACUCGACCCGCAGAGCAUCGAGAUUGAGUGCACCAAAGAUACUAGGAAGUUUGUGCCAUGGGAUGAACAGAUUUACACAAUGAAAGAAACCGACAAGGAGUCUGUCCAACAGGCCUGGUCGAAAAUUUGUGGCGACCACUACUAUGCCAGAGGCAACAUCACCGACCGCGGCCCUUGUCCAGGUCUCAACGCCCUGGCAAACCAAGGCUACCUGUGCGUCUACCAAACCUUCACCUGCUACCAGACACUAACCAAUCUACAGCNNCCUCGCGAUGGCAAAAACAUCACUUUACCUCAAGUCGAAGAAGCUCUAAUGACAGCGCUUCACAUGGAAAAGGCACUUGCAUCCGCCAUAACAAACCCUCUGCGUCCUCUGUUACGCAAAGAUGGCACGUUCGACUUGGUCAUGAUGCGCCAGCACAAUAUCAUCGAACACGAUGCUUCCUUCACCCGUCUGGACUUCCGUGAAGGCGACAACUACAACUUCCAACCCCGUCUCUUUCGCGCCAUGCUCGAUGACGCUGCUGGUGGUCCUGUCAUCAUCUCUAGUCUCGCUAGAACAUAUGUGAGGAGGAACAGGGAAAGUAGAGAUGCAGGCGCCCCUGCUUUACCUUGGAACCUUUGGUUUGUGAAUCUGUUGCAGAGUGUGAGCUUGAUGAACACUGCAAAGAUGGGAGGAGAGUUGAGUAGAGAGGUGAUGACGACGUUCUAUGAGGAAGAGAGGUUUCCAGACGAAGUUUUGAAAAACGGAGAGAGGAGGACUUUGGUUGGGCUGGUUGGGUAUGCUGCUGCUUUGCUGUUUUGUAUUGUGUUCAGAAUCUGA